AUGUCGAGCGAUCGAAAACCCGUAGCCGCGAUCGUGGGUGUCUUCGCCCUCGCCCUGUUCGCCGUACGCGCGCUCAGAGGUGAUAAAAACGCGUCAAAGCCGAGCGAUGAACAGAAUGCGUCGAAUUCAAAAUCAACAGUUCGAGUCGGAACAUCGGUGAAUGACGGCGCGAACGCGUCGAGCGAGCGAGCUUUAAACGCACCGAAGUCGCACGCGUCACCGCUAAAACCGCGGGCGACGACGAGGGACGAGAUCGCCGGUGGAUUGGCUCCGAUCGAGCUUUGCGCGCGCGGCGCCAGGGCGACGGUGAGCCCGUUCGGCGCGACGGUUGUAAAGUUGGAGUUCGCCAGAGAUGGGGAGGACGGCGCUCGGGACGAUGUGGUGUUGGGAUACGAUGACGUGGAGAGUUACGAUGAGACCACCGGGCGGCCGUACUUCGGGGCGGUGUGCGGACGCGUGGCGAAUAGGAUCGCGAACGGGACGUUCACGUUGGGAUCGAAGACCUACGCGUGCGCGAAGAAUAACGGUGACAAUACGCUUCACGGCGGCCUCAGUGGAUGGGAUCGCAAGCGCUGGACGGUGGAGGAUCAAUCCCGAUCGAGUGUGACGCUGAGCUACGAGAGCGAGAACGGAGAGGAGGGUUUUCCGGGCAAGGUGAAGGCGUUCGUCGUGUACUCGCUCGUCGGUUUUGGUGAACGCGUCCAGCUCCAGUGCGACGAAAAGGAAAAGAAGGUUGCAUUGAAAGUGAUCAACUGUGCGGAAUUCACGACGAAAAUGACGGCGACGACGGAUCAGAAGACGCCGAUCUCCACCGUGCAGCACACGUACUUCAAUCUGAAUGGACACGAUCACGGCGGCGACGUCGGCGAUCACGUCAUCGAAAUGCCGAACUGUCACACGUACGUUCCGGUCAACGACGAGACGCUCAUUCCCGUGGGUAAGGGAUUGGAAAAAGUCGACGGUACCAAGUUUGACCUUCGACAGCCGACGCCCAUGUUUGAAAAGUCCAGAGAGGGGUACGAUAACUCGUUCGUCGUCGCCGGUGCGGACGCGACGAGACCGGCGAGCGAGCUGCCGCGCGAGGCGCCGAGGCUUGCCGCGCGCGUCUCCUCGACGACAUCCGGGCGCGUUUUAGAGGUCUUCACCGACGCUCCCGGCGUACACCUGUACACGGGUAACUUUUUAUCGCCGGAUAUGAUCGGGAAUACGAAAGAACACGCGAGGUAUGAGCGACAGAGCGGAUUCUGCCUCGAAACCGGUUGGUUCCCCGACGCGGUGAAUCAAAACGCCAAGGUUGGUAAGACAUACCCGAGCGUCGUCGUGAGCCGUGGGGACACGUACUCGCACACGCUCACGUACCGCGUCAAGCGAGCGUGA